AUGCCUGAAAAAGCAUCAUGCACAUUUAUAAAAACAGUGGUUCCUGGUGAACGACGGUGCAUUUCUAGCCCACCUGAACCACCUGGUCCAUUGUCUUGUUGUGGUAGUGGAUGUGCAAAUUGUGUUUGGAUCGAAUAUGGCACUAAGCUUGUAUCAUAUUAUAGUCAUCGACAUAUUGACCACAUACUUAAUGAAAUUGAAUCACAAAUUUCCAAUCCAGUUAUUUGCGAAUUUAUUAAAUCCGAAAUUCGUUCAAAGGCUACAAGUUGA